CAAAAGUAUCGAAACAUAGAAGUAGAUAACUGAAAUACUCCCCUCUUCACCGGCUCCUCGUGCCGGCGCCGGAGAAAAACAAUGUUCUUGUUAAACCCCCAACUCCACCAGCAAACCACCAUCUCCCCUCUCCUUCCAACCACCUCUUCUACUUCCCUAUCUAAAUCCCACCACAAAACCCAACCAUUGUUCUUCCGUAAACCCACCUUAUCAUUCCUUCAAUUCUCCCUCCGCCACCAUCCCCAGCAACAAUCAUACACCAACGUCAAUAGAGACGACGAAGGAUACGAAGAAGAUGAAGAUGAACAAGUAAUCGGAGACUGCUUGGUUUUUGAAGAAGGCAUAUUCGAAGACCCUUUCAUUCAAAACGAAAUUCAGCUUGAAGCGCCCAAACCCUCCAAAAGGGUUACCAAAAUCGUGGUUCAACCAGAGGAUUUGGUUCCAGCGAACUGGAAAGACGUUCAGACGGAGAUUAAUAUCACGAAGAAAGAGAGGAGAAAGAUGGCUCAGGAAAUGGAAUUCGGGAGCAGAUUACAGAAGAGGAAAGACGGCUUAAAACCUAUACCGAUGGGGUAUGAGAGUAUGAAAGAGUACAAAGCUGCAAAACUAAGGGAAUUGAAGCCAGUUCUGUUGGAUAAUCCUCAAUUUUUGGUGGAAAAGAACGAAGGUGAUGACACCGAAGAUGAAAUUGACGAGGGUGAAGGUACCAGGGGCAUUAGAGUGACCCCUAGGAACCCUAAAAUGGCCGUAUAUGGCCGGAAUUUGGAGGAUAUUUCACGAUACUUGAACUCCGGCAUGUAUGAUCCUGAAGCUGCCAAAGAUCCAGAAGGUCCUCGUAAGUUGUUUUCAAAGGAGGAGAAAGUCCUUAUGAAUAGGCGGACUCCUGAUUUGUCAACUGCCACCUCUGAUAAAUGGCAACCUUUACACACUCUUGCUGCAUCAGGAGAAUUUUACCUUGUUGACACUUUAAUGAAAUACAACGUAGAUAUCAACGUCCCCAAUCAGGAGGGACUCACAGCACUUCACAAAGCAAUACUUGGAAAAAAGCAUGCCAUUUGUAAUUAUCUAUUGAGAAAUUCAGCUAACCCAUUUGUUCGUGACAAAGAUGGGGCUACCCUUAUGCAUUAUGCUGUACGCACUGCAUCGACUCAAAUGAUAAAAAUCCUUUUACUUUAUAAUGUGGAUAUAAACCUUCAAGACAACGAUGGGUGGGCCCCACUGCAUCUAGCUGUCCAAUCGCGUAGAACUGAUGUGGUGAGGCUUUUGUUGAUCAAGAAAGCUGAUAAGACCAUUAAAAACCAAGAAGGGUUGACCCCGGUGGAUCUUUGCCUUUAUAGUGGAAGAGACACACGAACAUAUGAGUUGAUCAGGCUACUAAAACUGCCACCCAAACCACGCAAAUAUGUUCAACUCAUGGAAUAGCAAUCUACUUCCAUCAUGCUUUCUUUGGCUAUCAUCAUCAUCAUCAUCAUCAUC